AUGACGUAUGCGAACGUUAGGUCCACGUCUACUCUGUACCUGUCCACACACCUGAAACACGUUCGAAUGUCCUACAACAAUCAGGCGACUGGUGUGUGUGGUGACAAUGCUGUGGUUGGAGAAAAUAACCCUAAAGGAAAAAACCAGAACGUCGGUUCAAAUACAGCGUUCGGGUAUAUGAUGGCAGACCCUGAUUUUACUUUCGACUGCUGCGGGGUGAUCGAGAGUUGGCAAGCCAAUUUCGAUAACGUUCAGCCAAAUACUAGGACUCUGUACUUCCAAGUGUGGCGCCCGACUACAGGAUCAGACUUUCGACUCGUCGGGCAGAAUUCCGUCUCUGUUUCUGCGGACGAUGAGGUUACAUUUUCGAUAGCAACGGGAAGUAGGAUAACGGUGAAAGCAGACGAUCGUAUUGGAUGGUGGACUGACGGAGCGGACAUUAUAACUUACAAGACCGGCGGCGGUGAGGAUGAUCAGAAUCAUUUUAUGGCCUUAACUUCGACAACUGUUGGGAACAUAGUGGACUGGAGUGGUGCAAUUGUUGAGGAUGAACGCACAUAUGGGAUUAGAGCGGAUCUUAACCCGAACAAUGAUCCCUCUUUUACCAACCUUCCUGGAUCAACGUCCAUUACCAACGCCGCCGCCGCAAGUACGAAUCUAGUAACAAUUACCGUCACAGACACGGACUCCUAUGACGUGGACACACUUGAUGUCACUAUGACGACAAACGUCAGAUAUUCUUUUGAUACAACCACAAAGAUUUUAACAACAGCAAGCAGUUUUACUAACGUUGGAUCAACACAGGACAAGCUUGUGUUUCGAGUUGUUGACCAGUGUGAUAACACAGCAUCAGCUACAUUUACUGUCACAAUUACCAACGAUCCGCCAGAAAUACAGAACCUCCCCGCAGCUGAAUCACUCAGUGAAGACGUUACUGCCGAGACGCUUAUAUUCACCAUAACCGCCACUGAUUCAGCUAACGACGUUACAUGUUCCCUUGCAACUGGGGUCUCAGCCACGUUACCCUUCCUGGUCAAGCAGAUACCGUCAUCAACGGAUUAUGGAAUUUACAGCAAGUCUAAUCCGGGCUUUGAUUAUGCAGCUACAAGCUCUUAUGCUUUCGACAUCGACUGUUCGGAUGGAUUUACCUCGGAUAAAGAAGAGUUCACCGUCUAUCUUGUAAAAAACGCUGCUCCAGUUUUUGUCAAUCUGCAAAACUCUACGACCAUAUCCACGACCGUUCUGGUAGGAACAACCGCGUUUACCGUCCUGGUGACCGAUGCUGAAGGGGACGAUUUGACUUUCACUAUGACAUGUAUCCCAGCCUCAUGCCCUUUCACAAUCUUCAACUGUACGGCUGUGUAUUUCACUGAUAAUUGUUGCUAA